UCUCCCACAGUUUCUCGGCUAUUGUCUUACGAUUCUCACGUGUAAAUGUGCGUUUGCAGACCGGGUUAACACACUGCUAUUACUGUAUACGAUUUUAGUACAGCUACGCCCGCGGGGAGCUUCGACGCUGUGUUUAGCUCCGGCGUGACUCACGCGCCUGUCGUUGAUUUUACGUGGUUUUUGAUGCUCGCAAUUUAUCAGUAGCAUAUAUUUGUAAAUUGUUCAGUGGAGAAAGGUUCGUUUAUGGGGCAUGGGCACCCUAAGGCCUAGUAAUAAGACUGCCUAUAGUGCACAGUAAUGUUUUCAGCUAUUGCAUACAAAUUGUCUACAACAUUUCUUGAAGAACAAAAGGUGUGCGCGGCAGCAGCGAGCGCGAUGUCUAAGAAGCCGGCGGCGCAGCCCACGCUUCACAAGGUGAUCAUGGUGGGCUCGGGCGGCGUGGGCAAGUCCGCGCUCACGCUGCAGUUCAUGUACGACGAGUUCGUCGAGGACUACGAGCCCACAAAGGCCGACAGCUACAGGAAGAAGGUGGUGCUGGACGGCGAGGAGGUACAGAUCGAUAUCCUGGACACGGCGGGCCAGGAGGACUACGCGGCCAUCAGGGACAACUACUUCCGCUCCGGUGAGGGCUUCCUCUGCGUCUUCUCCAUCACCGAGCCGGAGAGCUUCGACGCCACGCAGGAGUUUAGGGAGCAGAUCCUGCGAGUGAAGAACGACGAGAAUAUUCCGUUCCUGCUGGUGGGCAACAAGUCGGACCUGGGCGACAAGCGGCGCGUGCCGCUGGAUGCGUGCCGCGAGCGCGCGCACGCCUGGCAGGUGCCCUACGUGGAGACCUCCGCCAAGACGCGCGACAACGUCGACAAGGUGUUCUUUGACCUGAUGCGGGAGAUCCGCUCGCGCAAGUCGGACGACAGCCGCGCCGCCAACGGCAACGUGCGCGACAAGGUCAAGCGGAGAAAGAUCAAAUGCGCCAUAUUGUAGGUCGCCGCGCCCCGCCCCGCCCCCCGGCACGCCCCCGCAGCCGCCGGACACUCCCGCGCCUCCUGUAUAAACUGUAUCUACGACAUUCGCCCGUUUUGGUGCUGGUAUUUUAUUGAAUACUGUUCCUAAUGAAGUUGUUUGUAACGUACGCGCUCCACUCGACAGAAUGUAACGAGCUCAUUGCGAACAGAAUUCUGUAAAUGUGUUUGUUACGUUAUGAAACAUUACGCUUGCGCGUUAUUUUGUUAUUAUAUUUAGCGUCUAAAUAUUUUUGAUCUGAACAAGAAAUGCAUAGGUGACAUAGUUUUGUGAUAAAGGUAUGUACGUCUUAUACAAGAAACGAUGAAAUUCAAAUGCGAUUUUUUAUUUUCUGUGAAGAUUUUCUUUUGUUCUUAAAAUAUGGAAAUAUGAGCGGCUGACCAUGUGUCCGUCUCAGUACUUGUUAGUGUGUAGGUACGUACAACACGUCAGUGGGGCGCACACACUGUUGUGUGUCGCACAGUGUUGUGUGUCACACAGUGCUGUGUGUCGCACAGUGCUGUGUGUCGCACAAUGUCGUGUGUGUGUGCUCGGCCGGACGUUGGAAAACGUUGUAUUUAUUACUUAGCUCGUAAGCGCUAAAUGUGUCUUGGAUUGCAUUGUGUCUCUGUUUAUAGAAAUAUUUUCUUGUGAAUAUUGCCAGGAGUCGGUCAUACGAGUAGCGGCUAUAUUACAGUUCCAUAUUCAAAGCUAAAGCAUGCCUGUAUUGCUCACUCAAAUAUUUAAAUAUAUUGAUAACUUAUUAUUAAUUGAAAGCACGUGAAUAACAAAAUAUUUCUAUACAACAAGGCAAGCUAAUAGCCGCGGCUCAGUCCGGGGCCGCGCGAGCCGCCAGCACGUCGCCAGCACGUCGCCUCACCGCUCAUUCUGUUUGCUUUGUUAUUUACAAUAAUAAGCAUAACAUAUUUUUUUGUAAAAGAUACGUUUUAUUUUAUUGCAAUUCAUGGGACGUUUUGAAAUGCUAAAGCAUGCUAUGUAUAACUUUUCAUAUUCCAUCAAAUUUAUAAAAUGAGAGGUAAAAUAGAUGUAUGUUGAUUGUGCGAGUGCUUGUGCCGGCUGCAGGUCUGGUCCCGGACAGCUGCUUGAUAAGACUUACAUUAUGUAAGUGAGUUCUGCGAGUGCUUGAUGUCUGUGUAAAUGUUGCCGCUGCUGGGCUGUGACUGUGCACUAUGUCAGCUGUCUCGCUCACUCGCAUCCCUCAACACAUUGCGAUAUUUUUCGCAUACGAACAUCUUUGCAAAUACUUUUACGUCUGAUUUAUCUUUGGGGAUUCUUUCAUAAUGAUUCUUACAGAUAGCUGACAUAGUCCAAACAAAGUCCUAUUCAUAGAAAUAAUAGGAAACAGUACACUCGCCAUUUGUUUAAUGGCUUGUAAUGCAAAAUAAUUUUAUCGCGUUUAAAAAAAUAUAUCAUUGUAUUAUUUUUUCCUGUAUGAGUUAAAAAGUUUGUUUGAAUGGAUCAUGAUAUCUAUGAAUAGGGCGUUUUUAAAAUAUUUUUAGUUAUCAAUAUUAUUUUAUAAAUUUUCAAAUCAUUUAGAAAUAGUCGGUCCAAAUAGUAAUGGCGACAUAAUCUUUUAUUUUUAAGUAUUUUUCACAUUCUAUCGCCUUCGUUAUAAUACGCGUUUUUAUUUAAAAUUUAAUUAUAUUUCAUGUUUAAAAUGUCAAGACGGCUCGUAUUUUACCGCUUAUUUUCAUUUAUUUAGAUAGUUUUAAAAUAUGUUUAGUAUGAUUGUACUUCACUAUUUAUAAUAUGGAACGAUGUAUGAUUCCUAUAUGUUAGAUAUUGCUAGCUAUUUCUAGGAUAUAUGUAAAUUUGUACGCAUUUUGUGUCUGAUAAUCUCAAAUAAGACAGGAAUUGUACGCGACCAACGAAAUAUCCAUAAAAAUAUUGUAUAGUUCAUGUCAUUGUUUAAUAUAAACUCCAUUUCUCACAGUGAACUUUUAUGAUGGGAUAUUUCAUAAUUUUUAAAUAUUUAAAUAAAUAAUUGUCAAGUAAUAUAUAAAGUGUAUAUUUUGAAUACGAACAUUGUCGCACGCUGUGCAUGCGAUCGCAUAACAGUAGCCAGUAAAAAUGACCGCCGUAUGUCACAUCUCGUAUAUAACCUGUACACAUUUGACAGCUGUCACAACUGUCAAACUGACAGACAAAGCCUGGAGCCUUUUUCAAUGUACUAGAUGUAAUCAAAUAGGUAUCAGUUGUAGUUCAGAAUUAAUUAA